UUUCAUUCUCUUCCUUCUUUUCAUUUGUAUCUCUACUAUCGCAAUAUUAAAUAUUGAUAUACGGCUUAAAGAGAGGGUAAUGUUUGUCUCAGUAUCGCAUACACCACGUCCUAUCGUUAGAAGAUCUGUUAGAAACGCCAUCGUUGCUCAGAGAUGGCAUUCAUCGCAUCCACCGCAGAAAGAUAACGCGAACGGUGCAAACAACAAGGAGCAGCUUGAGUCUGCCGAGGACGGUACAGAACCUAUCCAACUCCAACCGGCGAGUCAGUCCACCAAGGACUCUGCUUCUGUAUCGACGGCACCGCUGAAGAAGCGCAUCAAUGUGAGGGCACAUAGCCUGGAGUUCCUUCUCAAGCAGCAGGUGCCUUCAGUGCCAUCCACGCAGUACCUUGAUCUGAACACUGUGAAGAGGGACGUUUUCUUUUCCGGGUUCAGACCUAUCCUCGCACCUGUGAAGAGACCUGUGACGAAAGUCAAGAGGCAGCCAACAAAGCCACUCAGAUGGAACGAGUCUGCUUGUAAUCUCGAGACCUUUGACGACUUUUCAAAAGUGCCACAGUUCGUUGCUGAUAAGCUGAUUCCGUUCAAAGAACCUUCAGAACCAGGCAACGAAGUCCGCGUUGGUUACAAAUCACGCAGAGAGGAGAAGGAGAUGGAGAGAAUGUCCAAGGAGCUCUAUGACUUCAUCAGACACUUCAGAAAGUUUGCGUCGUGAGCGCUGUCCAACACAAGUCCCGCUCCCCCUGAACAUUACCCACUAUUACAACACAUCAACAUUUGAGGAAGAGAGAGAAAACGUUCAGCAUUAACAUUGUUAUUUUG